UUCCGAUAACACCAUACACUAAAAUUCACGGAUCUACAACACACAGAGGAGUCUAUCUGAUUCAAGCGAUUCAACUAACUUGGCUGCGCUUUUAAACAGUUCAGAAUGCGCUCAUUACCUAUUGUUCUAAUCCUUGUGUCAUUGAUCGCUUGCUCAGCGAGGCCACAACAAUCUUCUCUGCGUUCCAAGCGCUCCCACUGCGUUGACUGGUAUCAGUAUUGCAGCUAUUGGAGACGUCUUGGAUAUUGUCAUCCCAACAGUUAUUACUACAACUCAAUGAGGAUGUAUUGCAAGAGGACAUGCGGUCUUUGUGAAGCAUGCAGGGAUAAAAAUGCAAAUUGCAGAUAUUGGGGCAGCCGAGGAUACUGCCAACAAGGAAGCUAUUACUAUAAGUUCAUGAUCAUCUACUGCCCGGCUACGUGCAGCGUUUGUAAUUGUUUACCUGACUCAACUGGAUCCUGCUCGUAUUGGAAAAGACUUGGUUAUUGUAGCUCCGGCAGUUAUUACUACCAAUACAUGUUACUUCAUUGUCAAACAUCAUGCGGAUUUUGUGUCAAGCCAACUACAACACAGCCAGUCACUACAACUCCAGUGACCACUGCUGCACCAGGUACCACUGCUGCACCAGUUACCACUGCUGCGCCAGGUACCACUGCUGCACCGGGUACCACUGCUGCACCAGGCACCACGGCUGCGCCAGGCACCACCGCUGCACCAGGCACCACCGCUGCACCCGGUACCACUGUUGCACCAGGUACCACUGCCGCUCCAGGUACCACCGCUGCACCAGGCACCACUGCUGCACCAGGCACCACCGCUGCACCCGGUACCACUGCUGCACCAGGUACCACUGCCGCUCCAGGUACCACUGCUGCACCAGGUACCACUGCUGCCCCAGGUACCACUGCUGCCCCAGGUACCACUGCUGCACCAGGUACCACUGCCGCUCCAGGUACCACUGCUGCACCCGGUACCACUGCCGCACCAGGCACCACCGCUGCACCAGGUACCACUGCAGUGCCAGGCACCACUGCUGCACCAGGCACCACCGCUGCACCAGGCACCACUGCUGCACCAGGUACUACCGCUGCACCAGGUACCACUGCUGCACCAGGUACCACUGCCGCCCCAGGUACUACUGCCGCACCGGGUACCACUGCUGCUCCAGGUACCACAGCUAGCCCUGUGACCUCAGGGGAACCAAGCACCACGGAUAGUCCUUCAACAACAGAUUCACCCAGUACUUCUGCAAAUCCUUCAACCACGAAUGCGCCGAUCACAACUUCACAGGUUUCGACAGCUCCUCCACCUCCCGCUGAAAAUGCCUGCUUGAAGGGACACAACGACAGGCGUGCUCUGCAUGGGGCAGAUCCGCUGGUCUGGAAUGACACUUUGGUACAACGCGCUCAGGUCUGGGCAGAUCACUUAGCAGCUAACAACAUUAUUGAACAUGAUCCUAAUCGCAAUGGUGAAGGAGAAAACAUAGCCUUUUUUCAGGGACAUGACUCUGCUGAUUGUGCUGAUGCCUUGAUUGGAUGGUAUGACAAUGAAGAGCCCAAAUACGAUUAUAGCAACCCUGGAUUUACAUCCCAAACAGGUCACUUUACGCAGGUCGUGUGGAAGGCAACUACAUCCGUUGGAGUGGCUCAAACUUCAACCGGGUCGGGACAGUCAAAAAAAAUAUACAUUGUGGCUCGCUAUUAUCCGGCAGGAAACGUCAAAGGUUUCUUCAGUGAAAAUGUGGGGAAUAAGCUAUCCCCCUGAAGGGCCUCAAAGAGUCGCCAGCUCAGUGCAAUCAAUGGGAUGAAAUUCAGUGCAAAGAAAAUUGAGAGUAGCUAAGUGAGGGGGAUGAACUUAGAAUUUGGACAACUCAAUCUCAUGGAAUUUGUAUUAUUAAGCGAUAGAUAAGGGAUAAAGAAAUAAAGACAGCAUUUA